AUGGGUCGACUCUAUAUAGCAGCCAACACUUGUCUCGGAAUGACUUGUGUGUUGGGAGUAUUGGGAGCUUUGGCUUUAUUUUCAUUAUCGAUUGUGGAUACGUUGAAUGUGGAUUAUAGUAGUCAUGUGGAUAAUAAGGAUUUUUGUGCAAUUACUGUUCUCAACGAUCAUCGUCCUUUCAGUGUUCAAUACAUCCUUCCUUCCAAUACCGAUUCGAACACGACUCAAAUUUACAAAGUUUGCGCCGAAGUUCAACCAGGAUCUCUCGCCGGUCAUAACGGAACGUUUUGUAUCUAUCCGAGUGUUCCGUAUGAUUCAAAGGGAGAACCCAUUGCGUCUCAAAUGAAAGCAUUUUGUGGUUUUUCAUUGAAUGUCAUGUUUGAACGAUUUGGAAUUGUGUUGGGAUAUUUGCUUGGAUUUUUGUUUGCAUUGUUGUGGUUGACCAUGGGUCGGAGAAGUAUUGAGAAUAAUAAGGUCAAGUGGACGGGAAGGAUUUUUGGUGGAAUUUAUACGGUUUGGAGUGUAUUGAGUAUUGCUGCUGCAUUUUAUUUAAUGAUUGCAGAUGCUUCUCGUGUUGCAGCUGGAGUGGAUUGGUGCAAUAAUGUCUAUGUUCAUAAUUAUUGUAAUCCUGGAGGAUUUGACGGACCUGUAGAAGAAUGUAAAUGUGAUUUCAAUCUCUAUAUUGGAAUGCCAUUACUUGGGGCUUGCUUAAUUCUUGUCUAUGUAUUCUCUACCAUUACAUGCAUUGUGAAAUGGAUUGCAGAAUAUAGAGCUGUCCGUGAAGGUUAUCGUGAUUUGGAUGCCUCAGUUGAUGAAUUGACCAAACAAUAA